AUGAAGGGUCCCAAGAAAGGGCUUUGGGACGAUGAUGAAAAGACGCAAAAAGGGGCGAAGCAGAUGCUCCUCAAAUUUAACGGCGCCAUUCACAAGGGUAUGCCCCACAAGUUCUACCAUGGCCGAACUCGGCGUGUCUGGAACAUCACCAAGCACGCUAUUGGCGUGGAGGUUAACAAGCAGGUUGGGAACCGCAUCAUUAAGAAGAGGAUUCAUGUUCGUGUGGAGCAUGUCCAGCCCUCUAGAUGCACUGAGGAGUUCAGAAACAGAAAGUUAAGGAACGAUAAGCUCAAGGCCGAGGCCAAGUUGAAGGGUGAGGCCAUCAGCACCAAGAGGCAGCCAGAGGGUCCCAAGCCAGGUUUCAUGGUCGAAGGAGCUCAGUUGGAAACUGUCACUCCCAUUCCUUAUGAUCCUUAUGAUGUUGUCAACGAUCUCAAGGGUGGUUAUUAG